CGGCUCUCUGCGGCCGGCAGGGGGCGCUGUAGGACACCUCCUCCCGUGUUUUGUGCCGGUAAACGAGUACUUCCGGGUUCUGGUGUUUACUUCUAGGAGCCGAGCAGCAGUCGGGAACUGCCCUCCUCAUGGCAACGACGUUUUCUCUUUUAAAACGACAUGUACUUGAGGUGCUAGGAUCCACACCGCGCGACGCGGCCCCGGCUGCAGGGCUCCAUCAUCGGGACCGGCUGAUGAAGAGUCCGCCAUUGCAACAGCCAUGAAGAAGAAAAGCAGACGCGCGAAACCGUCGGCGGCUACGGGACAGCCCGGCGGGACGCGCCCAGCGGGGGGCGUCGGCGAGGACGAGGGGGCGCCCGGACUCCGGGGGCGACCCCGGAGGAGCGUGCCGGACACCACGGACGGUUUGUACCGCGACUCCACCGCCGCGGGGGGGGACAAGAGCGACAACCCUCGGACGCCGCCGGAGAGCAAGUCCAGAGCGCCAGCAGGCAGACUGUCGACGGCCCUCUGUCGCCUCUGCCACGGGAAGUUCUCGCCGCGCAGCCUGCGGCGCGCCUUCGACAAGUGGCCCCAGGACGCCGUCGACGUCGAGUCGGACGCAGCCGCCCGGUCGCCCCUCCUGUUCCACGCAGACUUCCAGCGGCUGGUCGGCGUGCAGUUGGACCGAGAUCCCCGCCUGUCAGAGUUCAUCUGCAAGAAAUGCCACUCCAAGUUCUACAAGUGCCACGGCAUCCUGCUCAGGUUUCUGCAGAGAGUCAACCUCCCACCGGUUGGGAAAGAGAACCUGCAAAGCUGGAAGAAGUGUCCAGAAGCCUCGAUGCACCGCGCCGCAACAACGCCACAGUCCAUCACCUCGGACCCCGAGUGCCUCCGCCGCCUGGUGUCCUGGGCCCACCACCACGGCGAGGCCUGCCGCUGCUGCCCCAACCUGAGGGAGGUGCUGCAGGAGCGGUGCCGGGGCUCCGUCAGGGCCGUUUGGGGCUGCGUCGACGGCCACAGCUACGCCAUGGGCGCCCGGACGCUCGCCGCGGACCUGUGCGCGGGGGGGAUUUCGGAGCAGGACGGUGAAGAAGCGCAACCCAGCGGGGACGGAAGUACGGGCGCUGAGGCUCGGCGCGGUCCGCCUGCACUUCCUGCACAGACGCAGAGCUCGGCGGCGGCGGCGGACUGUACCGACGACACGGAAGACGCCGGCAGCCAGCAGGGGGCGUCUCCUGCUCCGGCGCAGCUGGAGGACCCGGCCGCUGACAGCGAUGCGUCAGACAGGAUCCACACCGCGCGACGCGGCCCCGGCUGCAGGGCUCCAUCAUCGGGACUGGCUGAUGAAGAGUCCGCCAUUGCAACAGCCAUGAAGAAGAAAAGCAGACGCGCGAAACCGUCGGCGGCUACGGGACAGCCCGGCGGGACGCGCCCAGCGGGGGGCGUCGGCGAGGACGAGGGGGCGCCCGGACUCCGAGGGCGACCCCGGAGGAGCGUGCCGGACACCACGGACGGUUUGUACCGCGACUCCACCGCCGCGGGGGCGGACAAGAGCGACAACCCUCGGACGCCGCCGGAGAGCAAGUCCAGAGCGCCAGCAGGCAGACUGUCGACGGCCCUCUGUCGCCUCUGCCACGGGAAGUUCUCGCCGCGCAGCCUGCGGCGCGCCUUCGACAAGUGGCCCCAGGACGCCGUCGAGUCGGACGCAGCCGCCCGGUCGCCCCUCCUGUUCCACGCAGACUUCCAGCGGCUGGUCGGCGUGCAGUUGGACCGAGAUCCCCGCCUGUCAGAGUUCAUCUGCAAGAAAUGCCACUCCAAGUUCUACAAGUGCCACGGCAUCCUGCUCAGGUUUCUGCAGAGAGUCAACCUCCCACCGGUUGGGAAAGAGAACCUGCAAAGCUGGAAGAAGUGUCCAGAAGCCUCGAUGCACCGCGCCGCAACAACGCCACAGUCCAUCACCUCGGACCCCGAGUGCCUCCGCCGCCUGGUGUCCUGGGCCCACCACCACGGCGAGGCCUGCCGCUGCUGCCCCAACCUGAGGGAGGUGCUGCAGGAGCGGUGCCGGGGCUCCGUCAGGGCCGUUUGGGGCUGCGUCGACGGCCACAGCUACGCCAUGGGCGCCCGGACGCUCGCCGCGGACCUGUGCGCGGGGGGGAUUUCGGAGCAGGACGGUGAAGAAGCGCAACCCAGCGGGGACGGAAGUACGGGCGCUGAGGCUCGGCGCGGUCCGCCUGCACUUCCUGCACAGACGCAGAGCUCGGCGGCGGCGGCGGACUGUACCGACGACACGGAAGACGCCGGCAGCCAGCAGGGGGCGUUUCCUGUUCCGGCGCAGCUGGAGGACCCGGCCGCUGACAGCGAUGCGUCAGACAGGUCAGUCACACCGUUUCUUUCCAAUGUCAUCAGAUUAGUUAAAAGGGCCACAGGUCAUCAGCGAGGACUCACUGGGCGUGCGCGCAGGUUUGACUUUGAGGGGGACUUUGAGGAGGGCCGGAGAGGAGAGUUGUCCUACGAUGAAAUGUUUGACCCGUACGCAGACAAGAGAGCGCGCAGGGUGACGGCCCCCAGCAAGAGGAGAAGGAGCCCAAAGGCCCUGGCGGAGCCCAAAGUAAAGAAAAGGCCGGGGCCCAAACCCGGCUGGAAGAACAAGCUGAAACCUAAAGGAGAGGAGCUGCCCAACAUCUACAAGUGUCCGUAUCAGGGCUGCACCGCCGUCUAUCGAGCUCCCGAUGGCCUGAAGAAGCACAUCAAGGAGCACCACGAGGAGGUGAAGGAGCGACCCUGCCCUCAUCCCGGCUGCAACAAGGUGUUCAUGAUCGACCGCUACCUGCAGCGCCACGUCAAGCUCAUCCACACAGAGGAGAGGAACUACAUUUGCGAUCAGUGUGGCCAAACCUUCAAACAGAGGAAACACCUCUCAGUCCACCAGAUGAGACAUUCGGGGGCCAAGCCACUCCAAUGCGAGGUGUGCGGCUUCCAGUGCCGCCAGCGGGCGUCGCUCAAAUACCACAUGACCAAGCACAAGGCGGAGGCCGACCUGGAGUUUGCGUGCCUGAUGUGCGGAAAGCGCUUCGAGAAGGCCCACAACCUGAACGUGCACAUGUCCAUGGUGCACCCGCUCAUUCAGGCCAAGGUUCAGAGAAGCAGCCAGCAGCAGCAGCAGCAAGCCCCGCCCCCUCCUCCUCCGUCCUACUCAGACCUGCACGCCAUGGCCCUGAGCGGGGAGGCGGUUCGGCAAGACCACGACAGAUGACGGCGGGCGAGCCGAACACGUGUGACCGAGCUGCCGAGUCAGCGGGCGGAACGGAACCCUUUGACACGUGUCACAAAAAGAUGAAUGACUUUUGGACAAAACGAUUCCCUGUGUUUUAUUUUCUAUUAAGUUAUUGCGUUACAUUGCUAUUGGCGCUAAAAGGGCUUCUGAUGUUCAUGUGUCCUGUGUGCAUUAUGUAGAAAAAUACGUAUAAAUAAAACGUAGGAAUUCUUUU